AUGGAUGUACCCUUUGGUGGAAUCAAUAUGAUUUUUGCAGGAGACUUUGCACAGCUUAUGCCAGUCCAAGGCCAGGCCCUUUACAAUGGGACUGUUGGCACAUCAGUGGAUGCCUCCAUGUCAGAACGUGGGCAGCAAUCUGCUAUAGUCAUAAUACGAAACAAUGAUGCAACAGAAUUAUGUAUAACAAAAGGUCAAGAAGGUCAUGUUGUUGGAUGGGAUGCAAAGUUGGGCCCAAGUGGACAACGAAUCCUUGAAACUUUGUUUGUAAAGCUUGAUCGUCCUGCCAAGACAAUCAAUAUUGACGGAUUGCCUGAAAAUGUAGUUCCACUAGUAAAGAACAGCAGGUCUAUUGAAUGUAUCUGUCCAAGUGAUGUUACUCUCACUAUAUCCCGUUCUCAAGUGUCUGUGCUGCCUAACUUUGCAAUGACGGACUAUGCAUCACAAGGAAAGACUCGUCCAUUUAAUGUGGUGGAUUUAAACAGCUGUCGUAACCACCUAUCUUACUAUACUGCUCUUUCUAGAAGUGCAACAUGUGAAGGAACUGUAAUUGUACAAGGAUUUAACCCAUCAAAAAUCACCUGUGGUGCAUCUGGUUAUCUUCGACAAGAGUUUAGAGAACUUGAGCUUCUCGAUGACAUUACCAACCUUAGAUACAAUGGCCAAUUACCUGAAUCAAUCAAUGGGCAACUGCGCAAUUCUGUUUUACGUCAGUAUCAACAGCUCAAAGGGAAGGGGUAUUGUCCACAGAAUGUGAUGGGGCCAAUCAGAUGGAGUGAAACAUAUCCAAUGCAAACUUUCCAAGUGAUCACUGAUAGUUCAUGGACACUCACCGCAAAAUCAAACACUGAUAAGGCAACUGAAGAGGUCAACAUUCAAUUACAAAAGAAAAGUAAAAAUGUCACAGGAUGUUUUGUUCCUGCACAGGGAUCAAAGGCAAUUGCAUCUACACUAAAAAGGAAGGCAGAGGAGGGUCUGAAUUCUGAUGAACCUAAAUCAAAGAAGAUUAGAGCCAGCUUUGGACCUACGCCUGAAACUCCUGUUGGGAUUCUUUGGGAUUCAGUAAAUUACAGCUGCUCAUAUGAUUCUCUAUUUACAAUUUUGUGUGAGAUUUGGAUUUACAAUCCAAAAAGCUGGACAAAAACAUUUUAUUCAUUUGGUAAUCAAGGAAAAAUAUUGUCAGAAGGAUACAAAAAAGUUAUCAGAGGUCUUGAAACUUUAGAAAAUGUUAGGAAUGAUUGGACAAACUGGGACUGA